GUUGACAGUUGAGUGACAGUGACACUGACUGAUGGUCUGUGUUCGUGAUCGCGAGUUGAUGAUAAAUGGUUAAAAUUAAAAUGAUUUUUUUACAAAGAAAUUGAAUGUUUCUGAUGUUAAUUAGGUUAAAAUAUAAAGGAAUGAUUUCAGAAUAUAAAAAUGAAUAUACUACUGAUAUUGUGUUUUAUAUUUAUCGUUAUUUAUUCAUGUGUUUCAUGGUUGGUGCCUGCUUUAUUGUCAUGGCUUUUCAAAAGAAAAUAUUACAUAAAACUAAAAAUUGGUAGAAUAGCUGUACCAAAACUUAUUUUGCGAGAUGUAAGCCUCUCAAAAGAUGGCUAUUCAAUACACAUAGAAGAAGUGUCAUUCAAAAGUAGUUUCUUUAACUCUGAAAUUAACAAACUUUUAUCUGUGGUCAUAAAGAACUUAGAGUUAACCAACAAUAUAGAGGAAAAGCGUAGUGCUGUUGUUGAAACUAUUUUAAAGCCUUUGCUAUCUAAACAAAAUUCAAACUCAAGGUCCGAUGGAUUUGUGGAUGAACCGAAUUUUAAUUUGAAUAAUGAACUGGCGGAUUUGGGAAAACGAAAGUUAUUGGAUUUUAGAAAUAAGAAACUACCUCCAAGUCUUAUUAUGUUCGCACAGUUCAUGGGAGUGCACAUAUUCAAUGCCACAGUAUUAAUAAAUGAUACAAGUAGCAAUGCUUGGUCUCUCCACGCCUCAGCAUCAGAGCUGCAUGCGGAUGGUGCGGCGGGCGGACCUGCCAGAGCUCUAGUCUUCUCUGCCAACAUAGUUGAUGCCACCACCAAGCUUGUGAGCAACAGACGGUGUCUCGCUGAGGCGUCGUGUAGUGUAUUGAUCGAGGGAACUGUGAAGGCUGAUGGACCUUUGAAUGUGGAGAAAAUUCACACAGUAGUUAGCAAUCCCACAGUGAGUCUACUGGAUGAGCUGUACAGUUUCUUACAAAAGAACAAAAAGAGGAAACGCAAGUCAAUGGGAUACUUCGAAGAAGACCAUUAUAAUACUCUCUUACUGAGACUCUCACCCGCCAUACCAAAGAUAUUUAGUUUAAAGAUAGAUACAACGAAAAUCACUUGUAUAGACAACACCACCAAGACAAGUUUUGAAACAUCAGUGCAGAGUUUACAAGUAAACUCCCGAUUCAGCGCGGCCUCUGUUGUGGUGGGCCCGAACGGCGCAGAAGUCGUAGGGCUCCCGCAGGUGUAUGUCGCCUUCCAGAUGGAUCAAGUUCAGUUGAUAGCGAGUGGCGAGACGCUGAUGUUCCUUAACAAGUUGAAAUUGGAUGCUAAGUUGGAGAAGGGUGUGCUAAACCUGUACCUCAUAAUCAGCACCCUGAACCUGACGUACAACCACAGCAACGCCUUCCACUGGUACAGGGCAGCGCAGCGAAUGAACAAGUCCAAACCGUUGCAAGUUGUGGAACCAACUGAAGGAGCGUGGAGCACGGAGUCGUGGUGGGCGCGCGUGGCGUGCAGCUGCGCGGUGCAGGGCUGCGCCGAGCUGCGCGGCGUGUCGCUGCGCGCCGUGCGCUCCAGCGCGCCCGAGCACGCCGCGCGCGCGCUGGCGGCCGGCUGCAGCGGGCUGAAGGUCAAACUGGACCAGCUGUUGGACACCAGAGAAGAGCCGUACAAAUGGGUGUUCGCCCAACUGGUGGUAGGCUCCCGGCACUGGAGCGCGGAGCUAUUGGUGGACGGCGGAUGGGUCCGAUGUGGCAGCGCCAGCGGCAGUGGCAGGGAGCCGCCGCCGCGCCGCCACCACUCGUGGGGGUCAGCGUUGUUGGCUGUGGCGCUAGUUAAAUGGGGCACUCAUGGGCCAAGAGAUUCCAAGAUCGAAGCAAUGAUGGACUGCCUCCGCUUGGAGUGGAGCACAGCCAUCGCGGAAACAGUUAUAUCGUUCGUGGAUUGCCUGAACGACUACAAAUCUACCUCAACCGUACAACCUCAACAAAUAGUUCCUGAAUCGUCGUGCAGUAUUGCAGUCAACGUGGCCUUGUCUCAUAUCAAUAUGUUCUUCAUCAUUAGCGAUAAGAUGUGUAUCAUGGCGAGGGUUGACGCCGUGACCUUGGAGAAGACGGUGGUGAAGUCUGGCGCGGUGGUGUCAGGGCUAAAGAUGGUGGAAAUUGUGCCUUAUCAAGGUAACGUGCAUUGCCAACGAUCGGAUGAACUGCUCGCUGCGUUUUUCCAUGUAAAACUAGCAAGGAUUGAGCAUGUCCCGUCCAAAGAAAGGAACUCCGUUUUGCUUGACUUUCAGUUCCUGGAAAAUGUAAUUUUCGAAUGGAGCGCUAACUUGCAUUUAAAAAUACUUACUUUUGUAAGAGCUUUCAAGGGUUUUAGAGAAGAGUUAAGGAGUAAGAGAGCCAGGCAUAACGAUGUAGAUGUGAGUAAGAGAAAGAGAGCCAUAGACUGGCGGGUGUCCUUCAAGAGUGACACCAAUCUCAGUCUUAUUUUGUCCGAAGAUAAUAACAUGCUGUUUACUACUGACGACAUGACAAUAGCCUACGAUCAUGAGACCGGUUUGUCGAUACUGUGGAGUCAGCUGAAGAUGGUGUUGAACGGAGACGAGAUCAUCACCAUGGAGGCGUACUCCAUGGAGCGGGCUGCAGAUGACCCCGAUAUUCGAGUUGAGAGGAAAGCGAAUGAGGGAUUCGUGCUCGCUUGGAACAAGGUUUGGGCUGUGAAUAUAGGUUUGGUGCGCGUGAUAUUCCCAUACAAGCACCGUUGGGCGGAUGCUGUACAGGGCGACUUUGUCUCGCUUUUCAAAUGGAUCAAAAUCAUACACGGUAUCAAAAAGAAACCAUUUACUUCAGAUAGCCCAUUGCCCAGUGAUUUGCAUAUAAAGAUUGAUGAAAUAAUAAUUGAAAUGAGUGAUGAUCCUUUCGAAGUGAAACUGAGAGACAACUACGAGCUAUUAGAAGACGAGUACAAGGAAAGCGAGAAACGUCGCAUUAUGCUCGACGCUAAGGUGCAAGAGCUGUGCAAGCCGCACCUGUUCCUGCCGGCCGGCAAGGUGGAGGAGCUGUACGCGGCGCUGCGGCAGAAGGACGUGCAGAUCUACGUGCAGCGGUGCCGCGCCGCGCCGCCGCCGCGCUCGCGCCUCGUGGCGUGCUGCCUGUCCGCGCUGCGCGUGCUGGCGCUGGCCGACCCGUCGCUGCACGGCGCGCACAACGCCACCGCGCGCCUGCGCGACAUCGACUGCGACAGCCCGUGGCCCGAGGACGGUAUCGAGUUUACGACGUUGUGGGGUCGCGCGGUGAGCGUGAGCUGCGCGCUGUGGCAGCUGCGCUUGCGCGACUUCCCGCAGCCGCUGCUCAGCAUGAGCGAGCUGCGGCUGUGGGGCACCUUGAUGGCCGCGGAAGAACAGCCACCGCUCAGAGCGGUGCGCACGGUGACCAUAGAGCAGGGCGAGCCGUGGGGCGCGUGCGAGCUGGAGCGCAGCAUGAUGCCGCUCAAGUGGUACUACGACCUGUGCUGCGAGAUGACGGAGUACAGCUACGCAUUCGGGCCCUGCUGGGAGCCCGUCAUCGCGCACUGUAACUUGGCCUUUGAUCAAGUGUCUCGUCCAUCGUUGGACCCGUCGGCCCCGCUAGCGUGGUGGGAUAAAGUGAGACUGCUGUUCCACGGGCGGCUAACUGUGAACUGCUCCAAGUUUACCUGCUUGCUGCACGUGUCUCUGGACCCUUACAACACGACUGAAGAGAUGGAGGUCACGUGGACUGACCUUGUUCUUGAUUGGACUAAUGGCAAACUCGGUUUUCUGGGCGAACUGAAGGUGUUCGUGCGCACGGCGAGCAAGUACGACGACUGCCGCGUGCUGCGCGUGCCCGUGCUGCGGCUGGCCGUCAAGCUGGGCUGGCAGUGCGUGGGCGACCCGCGCGACCACCACGCCGUGGCGCCCUGCGCGCCCACGCGCCUGCCGGAGUACUCCAGCAACCAGGAGCACGAUUCGUACAGGGCGUUUCGCUCGCAAGGUCUGGAUUUGCAUUUGAGUAUGGACACCAAGCCUAUAGACGGAGACGGCCCGGUCCUUCUCUUGUACGGAAGCACGCUAAGGUGGUUUGAAAGCCUGAAGCUAAUAUUGUCGGGCACGACGCGACCAACGCGUCGCGGUCGCGUCUUCAAAAACAUGCGUCCUCGGAAACCGCAGCUGUCGCGGCACUAUCGGAACGUCGCGGUGUCUCUUACGCUUCACAACUUACAGGUGUUCUACUGGUCGUCGUCGUCCAUGCAGCGCGGCAUCGAGAUGCUGGGCGUGCGCGUGACGUGCGGCGCGCGGCACCGCCUGGCGCUGGUGGCGGGCGGCGACGCGCUCAUCCGCCGCGCGCGCGCCGUGUGGGCCACGCUCUACAUGAACUGCGACCUCAACGACGCCGAGAUCUGGCUCAAGACGCCCGCGCAGAGGGACUCCUGCGAAGACAAGUACUCGGAUGAAAACUCGUCGGUGCUGAACCCGCCGGCCAUGGAGAAGUGCUAUUGCCUGUCGGUGCGACGCGUGUCGUACGGGCGCGAAGCAGGCGGCGGCUCGGCGCCCGCGCCCACGCACCGCCUCGCCGUGCACGACCUGCGCGGCGCCUGGACCAAGCUCAACAGGGACUUGGCGUUUGCGCUCAUUGACACGUACAUCAAGACUCAGCAACUCAAGAAGAAUCUAUCGACGAAAGCAUUGAAAGAAGAGGAGAAACCGACCACUUCUCCCAAGCAUCAACGCGAGUCCGACGUCGUAUCACCGCCGCCAGCUCCAACACAGGGCUGCAGCGGGGCGAACAGCAGCGGGGGCGGCGCGCACAUGCUGGCGGCGCUCGUGGCGGAGGCGGGCGAGGCGGGCGGCGACGCGCCAGUCGUGUUCAGCGACGAGCUCGCCGGCGCCGAGGCCGACGCGCCGCCCGCGCACCCGUCGCACGCGCACCUGCGCCACGUGCUGGACGACGACAACUCGCACACCGCGUGUCUCAUUGAGCUGGUGAACUCGCAAGUGGUGCUGAAGGGCUGUGAGACGCGCGGCUACGUGAUCCUGUGUGCGGCGCGUGCGGAGGUUCGGCAGCGCGUGCGGCGCGCGCCUGCCGCCGCCGCGUGGAGCGGCGCGCUGUCCGCCAUGCAGUACUACGCCACCGUCAGUGCGGCCGACCGCGACCAACUGGACGAGAACAUCCAGUGGGUGUCGGUGGAAGAGAUCGAGGAGCGCUGGCAGGGCGCGGAGAUCAGCACGCUGCCCGACGUGCCGCGCUUGGUGGGCAGUGGGCACUCCGCUGGCGGGGUCAUCGGCCGCACCGUUGGGCCGUCGGCUGACGCUGGCUUGGCUCAACUCCAACGCAUAGUGUCGCGCUGCGCGUGCGAGUUCCACUACGUGUCGCACGAGGAGAGCGAGACGGCGGGCGGCGGCGCGGGCGGCUGGGGCGCCGCGCCGGAGCCCUACGACUCCUUCACGCUCAUGCACCACGACCUGGACGUGUGCACCAACUCGCUGCAGUACGCGAUGUUGCUGGACGUGGUCAACAACGUGGUGCUGCACGUGGAGCCGGAGCGGCGGCGUACGCUGGAGCGGCGCGCGCGCAUGCGCUUCCAGCUGCAGCUGCACCGCGACACCGACCCGCGACACCUCAUACACAAGCUGCAGACACAGGUCAGGGAAUCACUGACCCGUUUGCGGCGUUUAGAGAAGGAGUACUACCUCAAGAACCGCUCCAUCAACGGCAACGACCCGCUCGCGCUGGCCGAACUGAAGGCUCUAGAUGACCAGGUGAACGAAUGCAAAGAAGCGGCCUGGUCUCUGGGCGAGGAGCUGGACGCGAUGGUGCGCGCGUGGCGCGAGGUGCGCUGCGUGGCCGCCGCGCCCGCCCCGCGCGCGCACUCCGCCCCCCCGCACCGGUACAACGAGAUCUGCUUCAAGUCGGCGCGCUGGCGGCUCACCGACGCGGACGGCCAGCUGGGCAUUGCGGACCUGUUGCUCACUAACUUCUUGUACACCAAAACAUCCCGUUCGGACGACUCAGUGGAGCAUCAACUCGAAGUGGGAUACGUGCGCGUCACCAACUUGCUGCCCAAUGAACCUUUCCCUGAGGUUUUGGCCCCACAAGCGGCGUCGGGGCGGGCGCCAGUGGCUCGGCGCGCGGCUCUGCGCGUGUUCUGCCGCGACCGCCCGCCCGUCGGCGGCAUAUCGGUCAAGGAACACUUCGAGGUCAACAUAGUUCCCAUUCGGAUAGGUUUGACAAAGAAGUUCUUCAACACAAUGCUCAAGUUCUGCUUCCCCGAGCGAGACCCGGACGCCAUAGAGGAAGGCGAGGAAGAAGGCGAAGGAUCCACCUCCACACUGCGCACGGGCACCAGCGGCUCCAAGAAAACCAAGAAGAAGGGGAAAGACUCCAACUCCAACUUCUAUGUCAAGAGAGAUAAGAAAGACAAAGAUGAUGUUGAGAAGAUGAAGGAGCGGGCAGAGAAGAACAAACUGUUCAUAUACAUAAAGAUCCCAGAAGUGCCCGUGCGCGUGUCGUACAAGGGCAGCAAGGAGAAGAAUCUAGAGGAUGUGAGGGAUCUGCCGCUCGUGCUGCCCACGCUGGAGUACCACAACGUCACGUGGACGUGGCUCGACCUACUGUUGGCAACCAAGAGUGAUACGAGAAGGGUCAUAGUGUCGCAGGCCAUCAGACAAAAGCUGCAGCUGCACCGGCGCGCCGCCGCCGCGCCUGAGCCGCUGGAGGAGGACAAGGCGAGACUGCUGUUGGGUGAUAGGACUGUGGCAGAAAACAAACCUCAGAAGAAGAGCACACCCAGCGUGUUCAAGUUUUCCAAAUCAUAGCGUAAGUUGAAAAAGUUCUGUGAACAAACGGAACUCAAGCAGAACAAGAAGUGAUGAAGUUUUAAUUAUUUAUUUUAUAAGAAAAGGAUUUGUUUGAAGAUAAUUAAUAGAAUCCAAUAUUGAAGACAAGGCAAUGAAUAUAUUUAAUUUUAUAAAUUAUAAACCACAGAUUAAAGAAAAAUAUACAUAGAAAUGUUGUAUUUUUUGAUGGGACUUGUUUAUAUGAUUCCAUAUCAAUACUGUUUAAUACUAUAGGUAGGUCUCUGUCACUCACCAAACAAUCCCAAUGCGAUUGGCGGGCUUAAAUUGUGUUUUUUUUAUUCUAUUCUAUUCUUGCUUAUAAUAAUGAUUAAUGAUUAAAACCGAGGGUUUAACAUUAUUUUUGAAGCACGGAGGUAGUAGAAUCAUAUAAAUAAUAUAAAUAGAAUUUCUUUUUCUCAAAGAAACAUUGAAGUAUGAUCUUGUGAUUACGUGCUGCAUUACCGAAUUAAGACGGAAUGCGACACAUGCCAAAUUUCAAAGAACGAAGAAAAGAAAAGAAGAAGAAAGUUCAUUUUCAAUCAGCAAUGUUUUUAAAAAAAAAUCCGUUGUCUAUCUUUUUCUUUUAUCUGUGGUUUAAACCUACAUUCGUAUACAAAUACUAAUAGAUACGAUAAAAUAAAUUAGACAUCGAAUUUUCUUCAUUCCAAAAAUAAGUUAUUUAUUGUUAUUAAUUUUAGGCAAUCACCAACCUGUUGUAUUAGUUCAAUGUUUACUUGUGUUUAAAAUUUGAUUUUUUUUCUUUACGAGCUCCUUUAUUUGAUUUACUGUCUCUACUGAUUUGAGCUCCAAUUUCCUUGGUUCUCUUUAGUAAUUUAAGGGUGAUUCUGGUUAUGUGUUGAUCAGUAGUUCUUAUUGAUUCAAUAUGUCCAGUCUUGGCUUCGAACAAUAUACUUGUAAAAUCAUUUAAUAUACAUACAUAUAUGAAUCAAUCGCCAAAAAAUAGCCGGCUCACAAGCGUAGCAAUGCCCUUUCCUAUAAGGUUUGCAUGAAGGAGGAGGAUUUUAAUGGCCCUCUUUGUAGUGGGCUGAUAAUGAUUGAUGAUGAUGAUGAUGAUGAUGAUGAUGAAUUAAUCAAUAAAUUCUCAGAUACACAUACCAAAUACAGGUUGGUAAUUGCAAAUGGUAAACGUUUUGUGUCUAUUUGACAAACUAUGAGGCUGUUUAAAUUGAUCUACAUUUAUAUUCUAUAGUUGCACGGCCUAUUCACUAAUUUGGUAUUUAUUUACAACCAAUUAAAAUAAACAACAAAUCAACUGAGAAAUGUCAUCUACCCACUGUAUAUCCAUACAGUGGAUGACAUUAUUUUCUCCUCCAUACAGUGGAUGACAUUUCUCCCACCCAUACUAACUGUAUUAUGUAUUCGCAUAAUAUGUCAACUAACAUACGUCAAAGUUAGUGAAUUAGCCUAGCAGUUCAUCAUACAUAUUAUUUUAAUUAGGGUAAUACCAUUCUAUUUGUAUUUGCUAGAUGUUUAAGUAUACCCAAUGGAAAUUUUCUGUAAAAUUGUGUUUUAUUGCGCCGUGGAUUGUUUGAAUUAUAUAUUGAUUAUUUUUUGAUACAACUAACAUAUACUUUCAGAAAAAAAUCCAUUAUCAUACGAGUAUAUUACUAUAUGUUGUUCAAUAUAAAACGUGUCUAUAUACAUUAUAAAUGAUAAUCAAAUUAGGAUAUAUACCUUUAAUGUGAUAAUGAAUACCAAGCUGUAAAUAAAUAUUUUUUAUUUUCUUAUAUUAUUACUACAUUAAACAAUCUAUUAAUUUAUUGAUACAAAUAAUUCAAUUUAUUUGUGUAUCAAAUUAAGUGAUUUUUAAUAUCAGCUGGGUUGUUCGCUUAAUCGGUUACUUUGAGAAAAAUCACUUUUUGGUCAUUGAUUGGAUAUCAGUUAAUCACUCAAUGAAGUCAUUAUGUAUAAAUUACUAAAUUCAGUAUUGAAUAGAAGCAACAGUUUGCGGAAAUUCAUUAUUCAUAGUGAAUAAUGAAUUUUUUAUUUUUUGCCUCUAAACUCAAACCCCGCCAGUUAGUCCUGUUACCUAUGCAUUUUAAUCAAAUUGAUACUAUAUGCCUUGUGUAAUCGAAUAUUCAAUCGGUUAACUCGCGACUAUGCCGGUCGGUAUGGAAAUUUUCACAGAACUUUGCAAAUUAAAUCAAUUAUUCACUAAAUUACUAAUUAGUAGUGAUGCGCCGACUAGUCGUCUUAUUAUUUUGUACUUAUUUCCCAAUAAUAUUAUGUAUUUUGUACAGAGUUUUUGAUUGGUAUUGCCAAAUUAAGGUUUCUUAUACUUUUUCAUACACUGUAGUGAGAUGACAAAUUUUGUUGAGCACGGCAGCAAAUUUAUUACCUCGGGUACACUCAAGGGGAAACGUGACACUUAGGAUUCUUUUUUUGAAUAUUAUAAUCCUUCGUUUGCUCGCCAUUACGCGCAAACGAAAAUUAAGAAAAACACAUCGAUACACUCGCAAGCGACUUGCGCUUAAAUCAGCUGUAUCUAAACAUAGCUUUACGGAAAUCCCCGACCCGUGAUCGGCAUCGCCGACUAAUCGGCCGACUAGUCGGCAUCUUUGCAACCGACUAAUCGGCUAGUCGGCUAAUCGGCAAAAGUCAUAGUCGGCGCAUCUCUACUAAUUAGUAAUUUCAGUCAGAUUUGCCUUUUUAUCCGAAAUGCCCUGAGUUAGCGCACAACCUGUCAGUUUAGGAUCAAAUAACAAUGUUGAAUGUAUGCACAAGCCCAAACUUUUUUUAUACAGUAUUUUUGUGUAGUGUAUGUGAAGAAGUUAUACCUAAGUCAUGUCUUGCACUUAUUCAUAGACACCACACAAGUGCAGUGUGUUACGAGACAGGUUAAUAAUUUACCUACAUGAAAUUUAUAUAUUACUCAUAGGAAAGGCAAUUGCACAUAGAAUGUUAUUUUUUUUCAUAACAAGCAGAUUAUCCUGGGUUAGAUUGCCUGUUUGUGUCAAUUAAGAAAUUUAUUAUUCGUAAUAGAAUAGAAGACCUGCCGCUUCGAUUCGAUUAGAGCUUUGGCUCUAAACUAGAAAAAUAUGUAUGGGAAUGACAGACCUCGAUCACGUGACCUGUCAAUAGCAAAUGUCAUUCCCAUACAUUUUUCUAGUUUUCGAAGCGUUUGCGAUCGUAGAAAGAGAAUCGACGUGCCACUUGGCUACAGCGGCUGUUGAGUUUCGAUCUUAUGAAAGGUUUCUACUAAGGCUAGUUAUCAUCGUACCACUAAAGACACCACCUAGUUACUUAACGUACCGGUACGAUAUCAUGUAGAAAGUGCUUAGGGAUAAAAUAUCUAAAAAGGAUUUUAUUUAGGGUAGGCUCUACAAAUUAUACACACUGCUAAAUAUCUCAUAAUUGAUACGUGUAAUUCCUAAUUACACGUAUCAAUUAUGUGCUUUGCAUUUUUACAUUUGAAGGUAAAAUAUUGGAGCAUAAAGCAUUCUAUGUGCAGGUAUGCACCUUCAUAAACAUUUUAUACAUACAUGUAAAAUAAGAGUGAAUAAGUACUCAUUUAGAACAUAAAGUAAUGUUUUAAAUAUUUAUGAAAUAGAUAAAUGCAAAACUCAAGUAAUUAUUGGAUGGGCUCGAAACUAGUUGGACGUACUCCGACAAUUUGUCGUUAUUUAUCUAUUUCGUUAAAAUGAAAUAUACUCGUAAUCAAAAUGUAGUAGGUAUUGUAUACGUGCUUAGUAUUUUAUAUAUUCGUAUUAUAUGGUUAUUGCUCAGAAUACCGAAAACACUAGAAGCCAUGUUCAGCCGUCAAAUCAAAGCAAGCAUUGUUUAAAAAAAUAUACCGUCACAAACACGGCAUACACAGAGUAACUAAUCGCUUGUUCGUGAAAUUACACCAAAAAAGAGUAUUUUUACAGCUUCAUUCCUAUGCGCGAUCACACCUUCUGGAGUUUUCUGUAUUCUGAGAGUUAUUGAGAAAUAUAAUUUGUGUAUUCAAUGUU